UCCCCCUCCCUCCCGGCUCCUGAACUCCAGCCCCUCUCUCUCUAUCAGCCGCUCACUCUGUCUCAAUAUGUCUCAAGAUGGCGGCCAAUGUGGGAUCGAUGUUUCAAUAUUGGAAGCGCUUUGAUUUACAGCAGCUGCAGAGAGAGCUUGAUGCCACAGCAACGGUAUUGGCUAACCGACAAGAUGAAAGUGAGCAGUCUAGAAAAAAGCUUAUUGAGCAAAGCCGUGAGUUCAAGAAAAACACUCCAGAGGACCUGCGCAAACAGGUAGCUCCAUUAUUGAAGAGUUUCCAGGGGGAGAUUGAUGCAUUAGGUAAAAGAAGCAAAGAAGCAGAGGCAGCCUUCUUGAAUGUCUAUAAGAGAUUAAUUGAUGUUCCAGAUCCAGUUCCAGCUCUGGAUCUAGGACAGCAGCUUCAGCUGAAAGUCCAGCGAAUGCAUGAUAUUGAAACAGAGAACCAGAAACUUAGGGAAACUCUAGAAGAAUACAACAAGGAAUUUGCUGAAGUGAAAAAUCAAGAGGUUACAAUAAAAGCGCUUAAAGAGAAAAUCAGAGAAUAUGAACAGACCCUGAAGAACCAAGCAGAGAAUAUAGCUCUUGAAAAAGAACAAAAAUUACAAAAUGACUUUGCAGAGAAGGAGAGAAAGUUGCAAGAAACACAGAUGUCGACAGCCUCGAAGCUGGAGGAGGCCGAACACAAAGUUCAAGCUUUACAAACAGCCUUGGAAAAAACUCGGACAGAAUUAUUUGACCUGAAAACAAAAUAUGAUGAAGAAACUACUGCCAAGGCUGAUGAAAUUGAGAUGAUCAUGACGGACCUCGAAAGAGCAAAUCAGAGGGCAGAGGUGGCUCAGAGAGAGGCAGAAACCUUAAGGGAGCAGCUCUCGUCAGCUAACAAAUCUCUCCAACUUGCUACACAGAUCCAGAAGGCACCUGAUGUGGAGCAGGCCAUAGAGGUGCUGACGCGAUCUAGCUUGGAGGUGGAACUGGCUGCAAAAGAACGUGAAAUUGCCCAGCUCGUAGAAGAUGUCCAGAGACUCCAAGGCAGCCUCACCAAACUUCGUGAGAACUCCACCAGCCAGAUAUCACAGCUGGAGCAGCAGCUGACUGCCAAGAACAGCACACUUAAACAACUGGAAGAAAAACUGAAAACACAGGCUGACUAUGAAGAGGUUAAGAAAGAAUUAAAUAUACUGAAGUCCAUGGAAUUUGCACCCUCUGAGGGCUCUGGUGCACAGGAUGCAUCCAAACCACUGGAGGUGUUGCUGCUGGAGAAAAAUCGCUCGUUGCAGUCUGAGAACGCCACACUGCGUAUCACUAAUAGUGACCUGAGCGGGUCAGCCAGGAGAAAAGGGAAAGACCAGCCUGAGAGUCAGCGUCCUGCAACCUUGCCGGCCUCCCCUUCUUCUCAGUUGCUCCGCAACACAGGGGAGCAGGCUUCCAAUACUAAUGGUACACACCAGUUCUCACCAACGGGUUUAAGUCAAGACUUUUUCAGCUCAUCCUUGGCAAGCCCCAGCUUACCCCUGGCCUCCACAGGAAAAUUUGCACUAAACUCUCUCCUCCAGCGACAGCUAAUGCAGUCCUUCUACUCCAAGGCAAUGCAGGAAGCAGGAAGCACAAGCAUGAUUUUUUCAACAGGUCCUUACAGCACAAACUCCAUAUCUUCCCAAAGUCCAUUACAACAAAGUCCGGAUGUUAAUGGCAUGGCCCCAUCUCCCAGCCAGUCAGAAAGCGCUGGGAGCAUCUCUGAAGGCGAGGAGAUAGACACAGCAGAAAUUGCACGUCAGGUGAAAGAGCAAUUGAUCAAGCACAAUAUUGGACAGCGGAUAUUUGGACAUUAUGUCUUGGGACUGUCACAAGGGUCUGUGAGUGAGAUACUAGCCCGGCCAAAGCCAUGGAAUAAACUGACUGUGAGAGGCAAGGAGCCAUUUCACAAGAUGAAGCAGUUCCUCUCAGAUGAGCAGAACAUCCUGGCGCUACGCAGCAUCCAGGGUAGACAAAGAGAGAAUCCAGGCCAGAACCUGAACAGACUAUUUCAGGAAGUACCGAAACGAAGAAAUGGGUCUGAAGGUAACAUCACCACAAGAAUCCGAACCACAGAGACUGGCUCUGAGGAAGCCAUCAAAUCCAUUCUAGAACAAGCCAAAAGGGAGCUGCAAGUACAGAAAACAGCUGAGCCGGCUCAGCCACCUUCUGCAUCUAGCAGUGGCAAUUCUGACGAGGCCAUUCGAUCCAUUCUGCAACAAGCCCGACGUGAAAUGGAAGCACAGCAGGCUGCCCUUGAACCUGCCUUAAAAACAACACCUUUGUCUCAAGCAGACAUUUCCAUCUUGUCCCCAAAACUAAUAUCUACACCUGCAAUGUCUUCAGUUUCCAGUUAUUCUCCAUUGGCCUUGUCGCUGAAGAAACAUUCAACUGUCAUGGAUUCUAAUAUAUCUGCAUUGCAGAAUCUCUCUGGGCUAAAAAAGGAGCACCAGGAAACACCAGUUUUAGAGCUUCAUGGAAUAACUGAUUCUGCACAGGGUGUGCUGAGGCAUGUUAAAAAUGAAUUGGGACGUGGUGGUGUUUGGAAGGACCAUUGGUGGAACACUGUUCAGCAUGACAGAAGAAAUACCACUCUUUCUGAAGAUACAAAGGUCGAGGAAGCCAGCAGUGGAAAAGAAAAGGUCAGCAACCAGACAAGGUCAGAUCGUAGCCAACUCCAAGGACCAUCCUCUUCAGAAUACUGGAAGGAGUGGCCAAAUGCUGAAUCUCCAUAUUCCCAGAGCUCUGAAUUGAGCAUGACUGGGGCAAGCCGCAGUGAGACACCACAAAAUAGCCCCCUUCCUUCCUCUCCUAUUGUACCUAUAUCAAAGCCAUCCAAACCCUCAGUUCCUCCAUUGACACCUGAGCAGUAUGAGAUUUACAUGUACCAGGAAGUGGAUACAAUAGAGCUAACUCGUCAGGUCAAAGAAAAGCUAGCAAAGAAUGGCAUCUGCCAAAGGAUCUUUGGGGAAAAGGUGUUGGGCCUGUCCCAAGGGAGUGUCAGUGACAUGCUCUCCAGGCCAAAGCCAUGGAGUAAAUUGACGCAAAAAGGCCGAGAACCAUUUAUUCGUAUGCAGCUCUGGUUGAAUGGGGAACUGGGACAGUGUGUCCUGCCUGCACAAGGGCAGCAACAAGGACAAGUCCUCCACUCAGUGACAUCACUGCAGGAUUCCCUACAGCAGGGAUGUGCAAGCUCAGAAAGCACUCCAAAGACCUCUGCCAGUUGCAGUCCUGCUCCUGAGUCUCCCAUGAGUUCCAGUGAAUCAGUAAAGAGUCUGACUGAAUUGGUACAGCAACCCUGUCCUGCUAUAGAGACAAGUAAAGAUGGCAAACCACAAGAAUCAAGUGAGCCACCUGUUUCUGAAUCCCAGUCGACAACACCUUUGCCUCUCUCGGGCCAUUCAGCACUUAGCAUUCAAGAACUGGUUGCUGUCUCUCCUGAAUUGGACACAUAUGGCAUUACGAAGAGGGUUAAAGAGGUGUUAACAGACAACAACCUUGUGUGGCUGACAAGCCUAAAAAGCAGCAGAAGAGCCAGGAAAUGUGCCCCAAACUCUGCAUUAGGUCAGCGUUUGUUUGGGGAGACAAUCCUAGGGCUAACGCAAGGCUCGGUCUCAGACCUUCUGGCUCGCCCAAAGCCCUGGCACAAAUUGAGUUUGAAGGGACGGGAGCCCUUUGUCCGCAUGCAGCUGUGGCUAAAUGAUCCCAACAAUGUGGAGAAAUUGAUGGAUAUGAAGCGAAUGGAGAAAAAAGCCUACAUGAAACGACGGCACAGCUCAGUUAGUGAUAGUCAACCUUGUGAGCCCUCUUCAGUUGGAAUAGACUAUAGCCAGGGAGCCAGCCCACAGCCACAGCAUCAGCUAAAGAAACCACGAGUAGUGUUGGCACCAGAAGAGAAAGAAGCUCUAAAACGAGCAUAUCAGCAAAAGCCAUACCCAUCGCCAAAAACCAUUGAGGAACUCGCUACACAACUCAACUUGAAAACCAGCACAGUGAUCAACUGGUUCCACAAUUACAGAUCUCGCAUCCGUCGAGAGCUGUUCAUUGAAGAAAUCCAAGCAGGAAGCCAGAGCCAGGCUGGGUCAAGUGACUCUCCUUCAGCCAGAAGCAGCAGGGCAGUUCACAGCUCUGAGGGAGACAGUUGUGAUGGUGUGGACACAGAAGGCCUACCCGAAGGGAAGCAAAGUGGUCUGGAGGCGGACGAGUACAGCAAUGCAACCACAAAGUCUCAGGGAGGGCAAGCAGAGUCAGCUUUUGAAGCGGGGGAAGAGGUACCACAAGAUGUCAGAUCAUCAGAGAAAACAGAGUCAUUCCAUUUGGGAAUGGAGAGUUUGGAGGAUACUGAUGAUGAGGGUAGGCUCAAAGCACCACGUCAGAGUUCUCCACCAGGGUCUCAAAGUUCAGGAGAAACUCUGGAGACAAUGCCAAACUCUGCUACAGAAGAGGAUGCCUCUACCUCAGCUGCCUCCACCUCAGUCCUUACAGGGGAGAGCUCCUUCAAGUCAAAAGAAAGUUCAGAGAAAAUGUUGAGUGUGCCAAGUACAAGUUCCACAUUGGCUGCAGGCUCACAGAAAGCCAACUCUAUUCAGAGUUUAUUCAGCUUUUCCGAGGCAGCAAGCUCCAAGAACACGCGGGACAACACCUUGAGGAAAAAGAAAGCAGCAAACUUGAACAACAUAAUACACCGUUUAGAGAAGGCCGCUAGUCGAGAAGAGCCCGUCGAAUGGGAGUUUUGAGAUUAAACUCACCCAACUCUAGAGAGCUGGGAAAGUUAAACUGGACCUCUACUGGUUUUAUUGUGUUGCGCACUUACCGCCCUGCAGGCCACAGGGCAAAAACGCCAUAGGCCAAGGUGCAUAUAGAAAACAAAAGGAGCGUUAAGCCCAAUUUAUGUUUGUGUUUUCAAGGAAGAAAACUGAAAUGUGUGGUCAAGCUUUUUUGUACCCUGAAGUGUUUUUAUUAAUGCCCUAAGUGAUUUCCACAAUUUCUGGAAUAACUCAUACAGCUUUGCCUUGUGCCCUCCUCUUUGGUGUGGGCUUUAAAAAAACAAAAACAUAAAAAAAAAAAAUCAAACCCACAUAUUUAAAGGGGGCUUUUUAUCUGCCAUCUAAUGGCUACAGAGCGAUAAUACACUAUUAUCUUCUUAAACCAGGAAAAAAGGGGAGAUUUUUCAAAAAGGAAAAAUAAAAAGUUUUUUGUAGCUGUUCAGUUGCCACUAAGAGAUUGCACAGUCAACCGACUCUAAACACACUAGUUUGGAUUCCUAAAUAUUUUCAAGAAAAGAAAAGAAUCGUGUUGUUUGAAACUUUGAAUUAAAAAAAAAAACACACAUUUACUCCACAUAUUUUUUAACAAAACAAAAAAAGUCACAUCAGGAAAAUAUCUUAAUUUGUGGUAGCUGACUUAGUGUUUUCUUGUAAGUGAAAUAGAAUAUUGACACGUAGUGCACAUUGUUUCAUAGCUUUAACUGAUUCUGGUCUUUUGCAGACCAGAAUUUGUUUAAUACACUCCAUUUUAGGCCAAAUCAGGACAAAAAAAAUCUGAAUCUAGGUAUUUUAUAAUCUGCUUUUUAACCUCUAACCACAGAGCACGCUGAUCAGACCUCAUAUCCAGGAGGUUUAGGAGACAACUUAGAAUAGCAUGUACUUGAUCAUUUCAUUUGAAUUGUAGUAUAUCUAGUACCUUUUUGUUUAAGAAAGAGAAAUGAAAAAAGUUGGCCAGUAACAUUUCAGCCUGCAGCUCUGGGGACAUAUUUUACAACCUGAAGCAUUCAGCUAACCUGAAAUCAGUUAAAGUUUCAUUUACAUGUGUAACUGAUAACACACACCACUAAGAAGGAAUUGGGGCCUGCCUCAGAUGAAGAGAUUACUGACUCUCUUCCCACCAUAAGCACUGAUUUAAAUGUUUUAGUUUGUGGGAAGUUUAUUUUUGUGUAGAAAAAGAAUACAUUGCAGGUAUCAGAUGGGCUGUGACCAAGAUGUAAAUAGCCCAAACUCCAAACCAAAAUAUUCAUGCUCUUGAAUCCCAGUCCAGACUAUUGGAAAUUUAGCCUCUUCAGAUUAUUUUAUGCACAGCAUAAAACUGAUCAAAGUACAAACCAAAUUCUGACUUGUCUCUAACUCCUCCUGUUGUCUAUAUGUAUAUGCGUGAGCAUAGAGGUGUGUGGAAGGAUGUGUGUGCGUGAGUGUGUGCGUGCAAUUUUAUACGUCUGUGUAUUUUCUUACGUACUUGUGCACACAUAGAGUGCAUUACUGCCACCUUUUUUCAAUAAGCUGUUUUAUCAGUUAUGGCUUCUACAAGUUUGCUAAUUUAGACUCCUUUAUUGCCAUAUCUUUAAAACUAACAAUAGAUGAUUUCGGUAUAUAUAUAUAUAUUUUUUUUUGCUUAUUUAUAGGUGCUGUAUUUUAUUAUCUGAUUGUUAGGAAGGGAUGAAAGGGGGCAAAUAUUCUUUAGAGGGAUAGACUGCCGGCAGUAUUGGGUAUAAUUUACAAGAUGUAGUUGUCAUACUGUAUAUUAUUGAUUGAAGACUUUUUGACCGUAUUGUGUAUCAUUGAAACCUUUGUCUUAGGUCAGCAUCUUUUGAUGACACUUUAAUGGUGCAUUCAUUACUUCUUAAGUUUAAUUAAUAUUACUUUUUUGAUUUUGGGGGGGUGGGGAGAGGAGUUCCAAUUUUAAAGGUAUGCUCCCAAUAUUACACCUCAGUGUGCUUGUAUUAAUUAACUAGUAGGACUUUGACUGUACGAUGUGAACCCACAUUUCUUGCAUGAUGUUUUAGAAAUGAUGUAUUUCAUUUACAGUCUCAAUGUGCAACAGCAGCACUUAGUUCAGGUUUUCACAAAUUAAGCGUCACUACACUAUUAGCCUUUUCAUGAAUACGAAAAGAAGGCUCUAGGAGGCUGAAAGGCAGAGAUUUAUUUACCUGUUUUUACUGUUACAGUCGUUUCAAAUUACCUGCUUGGGUAACCAGAGACUUAGCUUGUGGUGCACGACUCAAAUUUGAUAAACAGAGACAGCAACUAGCCCUUUCUGUGGUGAGCUGAAGAGAAAAUUUGGAACAUGUGAUCACACCAUCUAGAAUCACUGUGACCCCUACUUAUAGGGACAUAAUGUUUGGCUGAGAAAACUUCCAGCAAACGACAUGGUAAAUCAAAACAUUACCAUUGGAAAUCUUCUCUUCACCGCAGUGUCUCCUUAAAAGCAAAUGUUUUGAUUUGGUUUAUAAAACACAUCUCCAUUUAUGAAUGUGUGUCCCAUUCAAAUAUAUGUACCUGAACAUGAGUAACAACAAAAUAUAAACAUAUUUAGUUCAGCCAAGAGACAGAACUUUUAAUUAGACAAAUCCAGAUGUUGUCUUACAUUCUAAAUCAGUUUUCUUUGUUUACUUUAGAACAAUAUAUUUGCCAUGCGUUGCCGCCCUCUAUUUCUAUCAGGUUGAGAUCUGGGUGCUUGAUGCAGUCAAGUGGUUAAAUUUUGCUUGCUUGUAGGUUGUUGUUUCCCUCUCUCCCCCCCCCCCCAUUUAUUUUGCUUAAUUAAGGUCCCCAGACCUGUUGUUGAAUAAGUGUCUCUCUUUAUUGCAUUCAAUAAUGCUUACUGAGAGCUGUCACUGAAAGCAAAAUUUUAUUAACAGGAUGAAUCCAAAUGCAGCAGUAAGGGUUAAUCUCUCUUCUUGAUAAGCAAUACUUAAGUGCCUUCAAAAGUAUCCAUUUUGUUCUUUCGUUUGUAGUUUUCAGGUUUCUGCUAAUUACAUUAGAGGAGCCAAACACUCAAAAGUGUCCGCUUAUUUUUGUUAAUGCUAUGUCAAUUUUCAAAAAGCAUAUUUGUAGCUCUCCUGUAGAGAAUGUGUUUCCUUUAUAACACUAACAGUUAAUUGUAAACUCCAUUAUACCACUUACAAUGCAUAGAAUUUUGUUGAAUGAAGACAGCAUUCAUAAUUCAUAAAUCACCCCAUUCUGCCAAGGGUUGUCAUCAGUAUUUAUUAUAAAAUUAGUCAGAUAAAAUGCUCUUGGUAUUCCCUAUAUUUUGGCACUUUAUUAAUGCGUUAGUUCCUUUUGUCAUUUCAUGCAUAAUAUCAUAGGUAGAAAGUACGUAAAACUAUUAGAAUGCCAUUGGGAUAACUCCAGACUUCCAGUUAGGAAUCACGUUACAAUUCUUUGACAGAUAUCUUACCUUACUCUCCUGUUUGGAGAUUUUUUCCUUACUAGUUUUCCAAAUUGGCAAGACCUCCCGGGUUGAAAAAGGGUUAAAUUGCAUCUGUGGUGAAUGAUUUUUAGCUAUAUUUCUUCAUGGUAAUGAAGUCUGUUGUUUAAAAUUAAUGUUGUUAAAAAUUAGUAUUACACUCCUAGUCUUCAUUACUUGAUAAAGAGCUACUGGAGAAGUAAUGUACAAAGAGUUGGACUCUUCAAUGCUUUCCAGUCAUUAAUUAGUUGAGAGUAACAAAGGUGAAAGGCUGUAUAAGGUGCCACAUGUUCAACAUGUGGGGCUGUUCUCUAUGCACAGUUGUAUUAUACAGUUAAGAAGACUGAAAAUGGAGCACUUGCGGAAGGCAUGCUGUUCAGUACUUUUCCAGAUAGAUAAAAGCGCAUAUACCGGUAGGUCUCUAGCAUUACAGGUUUUCUGCAGACUGUUUCCCAUUUUAUGUUCUUUAAAAGCAUUUUUUAAAAACCCUUGUUUCUGUUUAUAGUUCAGACUUUGUCUAACGCAAUGGAGGGAUAGGCCUCAGGCUGUUUUAACAAAUAUUUUUAUACUGAUGGUAAAAUUCUGUCAUUUUUAUCUCUGGAUGGGUAGUGCAAAAAGGAGAGGACAAUAUUGAGAUUUAACUAAGUGUGAUGGUCUCUUUUAUUAUUGUGUUAAUGGAGAGCGGAUGAAGCAUGCCUGUUGAUUAUAAUUGUUCCAUUUUUAUAAAUAUGAUUUUCUUUAUCCGUGGAAUCACAAGAUUUUCUUACUGAUAACAAAAGAAAAAGGGUUUUGUUAAAGUAGCUAUUGAAUGCCAUGGAACUUGAUCAUUUUAGUUUAGCUUGCACUCCUGCAAAAUUUAUAAAUACUCUUUGUGGGUAGAGUCACUCCUUAAAGGAGCCUUGCAUUGGUGUGCUCUGUCCAUAUCAUCUGUCCAUGAGCUGUUCAAUAAUAAACAGCUUUAUUAGAAUAAGAUAUCUCUAAAAGUAAAAAUCGCAUGCCUUUCUCAUUAGGUAAGAGGUUUUUGCAUUCAUUUUUAACAUAACUUUCAUGUGGGGACGCUACAGAGAAGGGGUUAAUGAACACUACAGAAUUCUAUGCAAUAUUCUCUAGUCAUUUUAAAAUAUUACCAUUUUGCAAUCUUUUAAAAGUGAAAACAGUGAUCUAGAGGGAAAGUGUGUCAUCUCAGUGUUAGCUCAAAGUGAAAUUAUAAUGCUGAUUAAUUUAAAUAAAUUAGAGUUAGGGGGAAAUCUGACAGAAUAAUGUGAUAAAUAUGAUAAAAAAGAUUGCAGUCCCCACUAGCAAUGCUGCAGUCCAGGGUCUGUCAGAGUUUCCAUCUUAAAAUCCCUAAUUUCAAGGGUUUUAGAACUCUGCUGUAAAAUGAAAAAAAUUGCUCUUGGCAGGAACUUGGUAGUUUAGAAAUGGAAAAACAUUUUGACCAUAUUUAAAUUAUAAAAAUACCAAAAAAAGUAAUUGGUUUCAGAUGCAUUUUUGCACUUAAAUCCAAAACAGCUUCCUUAUUUAAACUGAAAUGUCAUUAGUAAUAUGGACUAAUGCCUUUAGCAGGGUUGCUAAGAAAUCAACAGUGUUAUGUAGCAAAGUGAUUCAUUGUAAAUACAAUAAAUAAAUAUAUUCAUAAAGAUUUUUGACAUGCAGAUGGAGGGUCCAUUUGUUUCUUUGCUUUCCUUUUAAGCAAGUGAGUUCUUUAAAUCAUCUCUCUUGCUUAUAUUACAGCCCAUGUAUACUGGGUUUUAAAAUCACUCCCUAUACUUGCGUUCCAUAGGUUCUAAUUGUGAGGAUUUCAUGGAGAUCGUAAGAAAGAUAUGGAGAGAGGAAGAAAAGGUGUCACUUAGUCUAAGGCCUGAUCUUCCGUCCAUUGAAAUCAAUGGAAAGUCUUUCCUUUGACUUCAGUGAGGCCUUGGCUACACUUACCAGGUAGUUCGACGGCUGGAAAUCGAAGUUCUGGGUUCGACUUAUCGCGUCUAGUCUGGACGCGAUAAGUCGAACCCGGAAGUGCUCGCCGUCGACUGCGGUACUCCAGCUCGGCGAGAGGAGUACCGCGGAGUCGACGGGGGAGCCUGCCUGCCGCGUGUGGACCAAGGUAAGUUCGAACUAAGGUACUUCGACUUCAGCUACGUUAUUCACGUAGCUGAAGUUGCGUACCUUAGUUCGAAUUGGGGGGGGUAGUGUAGACCAAGCCUGAGUAUUUGUUCAGCCCCUAACAAGACAGGCUGUUUAUAUCUGAUCUUCCACAGUUUAACUUAUACAGACAUAACAAGUGUAAAACACAGCAUUCAGUUUAAUUUACUAUUAUGCUAGGCCUUCCAGUCUCCAUGGCACUUUCUGUGGUCCCUCUAGCCAAGCACUAACAUGUCUUCCUCCAUGUCAUACAUACAAUCAAACAAAUGAAAGAGCCUGUAAAAAUUCUGUAUAAUACAAGAUUUUCAAAAAGUACCAAACAACUUAAAAUAUAACUCCAAAUUACUUUAAAUAAUGAAAACAAACAUUAGCGUGGGAGAGCUGGGUUCCAUCCUUGGCUCUGUCAUUGGGGUGACCUUGGCCAAGUCACUGCCUCUCUGUGCCUCAGUUUCCCCAUCAGUAAAAAGGGGAUAGUGAUACUGACCUCUUUUGUAAAGUGCUUUGAGAUCUAUGGAUGAAAAGCGCUAUAUGAGAGUUUGGUAUGUAUUAUUAAUCAAAAAUCAUUUUAUUUUCCUCCCCUAUUCAUUUUUAUGGCUUUAAUAAAGUAGAUAUGUAACAAUAGACUUUAAGAAAAAUAAGUCCAUUGUUACCAUGUGUAUCCAGAUACUUACUAUUAUGGCUUUUAUCACCCCAGUAUCUGAGCUGCUAAAUUUUGUGUGUAAUGCAAUAUGCCAUAUCCGAUUAAUGUACAAUGAUUAAAAGACCCUCCUUUGGGGAGAGUCAGCUAUAGGCCCCUGCAGUCCUUAAAACCCCAGUUAAGCCCUGAAAUAUAUCUUAAGUGGUGCUUUGGUUUUGUGAUGGCCCUCAGACAGGGAUGAAUUUCACCCUGAUAGAGCUGUUCUUUGGCAUAUGUGAAAUGAAUUAUUUGGUCUCAGGUCAGUUCCUCGUGGAGAAGUGUUCAUGUCACAAAAAUUAACCACACAACUUUUUACUAAUUGGUACCCUUAUUAGCAUCCUUUGUAAAGGCCAGGAAUUGAUUGGCCGUGGAGACUAAACACCCUUCUCGCCUCUUCUAUGUCAGGCCCAGGCAUGCUGACAGAGAAGGGGAAGCACGCACUGCUGUACCUGUUGUGUGGAUAAAAAAUGGACUUGAGUGACCAGGGUUGUCAAUUCAUCACCAUUCAUGAGCUUGUUCAGGCACAAAAAUGUGUAGAAGGAAGAAUGUCCACUUAAAAAUUAUACUGGGAUUAUUUAAUCUCUUAUUUUUUGACAGAUGUAUGCCAAAGGACAAGUUUUGCCAUCAUACAAGCACGCAACUCCCAUUGACUUCAGUGGAAAUCAUGCACAAGAGCACAAUCUAGAGCUCUUUCUAGAUUCUUUCUAUUACUAAAUCUGGUGACUUUGCUGUAUCACUUCAGUUUCUCUAUUAAACUGAAACAAUCAGAUGAGCCCUGACCAGAUAAAAGUUAAAUGACAAACAGUCAUAUUAGGAAACUACCAUAAAUACUAACAGCAUAUCUAUGGCUGUUCAUUUUAUUUUUGGAGAUAUUCGUACUACCAAGUAAAGUACUCACCCAAAGAUCCAUGGAAAGUGGAGAAGAAUCCCAGGAAUUUCCUGAAGCAGUUGUGACAGGAGUUCUUUGCAUAGUUACUGUGUAAUUUUGUGGUAAUGUUUGUAACAGCACAAUCUUUCUAUUGGUAACAAUAAUAAUAUGUUAAUUGUGUUAUCACCUUCUAGCUGUGCGGGUCAAUAAUAUGCAUUUUUUAAAGUUUUUAAACACGUAUACUUACACUAUUCCUGUUUGGAAAAGUUCCUAAAUAUGUAGCAUAUUUACAAUAUAGGCCUUAGUGGCUCAGUAAGGAAUUGCUACAGUCUAUCAGGUAAAUUAUAUGCGUUGGGGCAUGGGUGGAUGGCAGGUUUAAAAAUGUUAUUUACAUGCUAAUAUGUAUAUUAAUGCAUAGAGUGCCAUUUUCCCACUUGCUAGGCAAAAUCCACGUUGCAAGAAAGUGACUGCAGGCUUCUGAGGGAUCAGAUUGUUUGAACAUGCAGGUUUAAUUAACAUGAAGAGAAAAAUUCACAUUUAGAAUACAUAAAAAUAAUUUCAAGGGUCUGACUGAAAUGUACAAAAGCUAGAUAAUUUAGCACUAAGGAUGAAAUCACAGCCUAAACUCACCCUGUAACUGUAUAAAUAGGUUUUGCUCUGAUAUGGCUAUCAGGAACCUCAAGCACUAAGCACUCUUACAAGUAUGAUAUGAGCUGCUAAGUCUACAUACAGGAUGGUCAGUUAAAGGGAGCAGCAUUCCAAUCCUUUAAAAAAUAUAUUUUUAUUUUGCCAACUCUGUAUAUUGAUAGGUUUUAAAAAAGGAAGAAUUUUUCAGUAGAUUAAACCAAGUGACAAAUCAAAACCAGCAAUUCAUCUCUGGUGCCCCUGCAUGCUGAAAAUUCUACUUCUGAGGUGUAUAUAACUGAAAUUGCAUAUUGUGAGUUCCUCUCAGGGGACUUUGUUUACUUUGCAGGACUAAGCAUUUAACUGGCUUUAUAAAUCCAAUCCUACAUAUGUGGAACUAAAAAAAAUAUAUCUAGGUGUGUUAUAAGAUUGGUACUCAGUCAAGGUUCACUCUGCAUUUCUCUGGCUUUUGUUAGUUUCCAUUAGACCCUUACUACUAUUUUAAUGUAUUAUUUGUGUGUAAAUUAAUUAGCUUUAAAAAAAGUGUUUCCAAAGCACCUAGUUACCUCUGAAUGCUAGUAUAGUAUAUACAGUAAGUGUUCUAGAUAAACUAGCUUAAAGGAGGGCAGGUGAAGAAUAAGCAACACACCUAUAUUGUGCUGUUGGGUGGGUUUUGUCUCUCUCCACUUUCCCCUCCAUAAGAGGCUUCCAUUCCUUUUUCAUCCUCCCCAGGAAUGAAGAAGUUCACAGAUUUCCUGUUUGUUUGUUUGUUCUUUGCGGGGGGAGCAGGGGGCGGGAGGGGAGGUUUUUUGAUUAUUUUGAAAUGUUUUUAGUUUAAGCAAUAUUAUUACACAAUUUCCUAGAAGUGUUUAGCCUAUACUUCUUUCAUAAAAUGUACUAUUUAUCAAACUUUCUGUAAUCAGAAAGAUGAGGUGCCUUAUCUUCUCAUCUCUUCAUUGAGAAUAAUCUAAAGCACAGUGAUCUAGAUUUCAGCAUACAGAAGAGCCUACUUUUUAUUUCAGAAAAAAAGACCAAUCAAGGUGUAUUUCAAUAGCCCAGGGUUACUAAUCCCUUUGAUAAAGAGCACUUAAUACUACUGUGCAUUUAAAACUUUGUGCAAUAGAAGUUCUAGUUUUAUAUUUAGGAGCUAACACACUGUACACCCAAUGUAGGCAAAUGUAAGCUUUAGUCUAGGAGGAUUCAGGUGACUGAAGAGUAUAUUCACACUGGUUAUAUUUGCAUGAUGACAUUUUGGAAUAAAUAGUCCACCAUUGUGCAACAAUCUCUGAAAAAACAUACUAAUGGGUCUCUCAGUGAGCAUUUAAAAAACUUGAUUGGUCAAGCACCCAUGUGAUCUCCAGUUAUGGCUAACUUUCACCAUGUUCUGACAUCACUUUAAAAUAAGCACUUACGUGUUCAUUUCAACUUCCUGAGCCAUGUCAUCUUCAACUGGUGAUACACCGUAAGGUCAUUCCAGUCUAACUGGGACUUGUGAAGAAUAGGGUUUUUUUCCUCUACAUCACACUCCUACCUCCUCAGUCCAUACUAGCACUUGUUUAUUUCUAAAACUCACUCUUUACACAGCAACAUACGUCUAAUUAUACAAAAAAAUUUAUCAUUAGAACAAAACAAAAUUCUGGUCUUUCCUAUUUAUAGUGAGAUUACUUUAAAAUGCCUUUCAGAGAUUUUUACAUAAACACAACAGAAGUAUACAUAUCACUUCUUAUUGCUUAAACGGACAUAGAUGGUCCAGCAUACCAAACUCAUUCUAUUCUGUUCUAUUUAGAAGAAUUGGCCUGCUCUGGGAAUUGGAUGGGUUGGCAUGUACUUGACUGAUUAAUACCCAUAUCAGUAUGUUGUGUUUUCUGGAGCAAUCCACUUAAAAAGGACUCUGUGUAAAUGUCUACUAAAUAUUUGUAUUUAAAUAUUAAAAACCAUUUAGUAUUGAGAUUAAAAAGACUCAGUAGUGAGGGAAGAGACUCCGAUAUAAAGAGAGACAAAAAAUACCCUAAGCCUCCUAGAGCCUCUGUUAAGAUUUCAUGAAGAUGCAAUAUCCCUUUGUCAAGGUACAUUGCAAUCUGCUUAAGAGUAUUACUUUAAAACAAGAGAGACUGGUUUCCUAUGAUGUUCAUCUUUGUUGGCAUAUGUUUUAAUUUCUGAAUUCAUAACUAUUUUUUCUUACAUAUAAAGUUGGUCAAAACAAUCUUGUGUAGCAACAACUUUUCCUGGUAUGAAAUAUGAAAAUACUAGUUGUAAAUUUAUAUCUGUGCUGGAGGAGUUGUUUGGUUUCCUUGCAAUGUAGAAACACAUUAAGACAAGCAUUCUGUGGGUAGGUAACAGUUUGAGAGAGAGCUGCUUAAACAACAAUGGAAAUGUUGCUUUAGUAAUAGCCCUGUUUGUAUGAGGGAGGGAUGUGUCUGCUUGGGGGACAAUGUCAAGGGCCAUCAGUAAGCACUGAACCAGCACCGGCUCAGCAAAAAAGAGCCUUACAGAAGGCAAAGAUGUAAGGAGCUGCGAUUGUUGCAUGGCGCAUCACCUCCUCUGUGGAUUGGAAGCAAACUUGCACUUUGCCUUUUUUUUGAGGACAUCCCACUAAGAACAUCAGAUUAAUUUCUCAGAAAUAACAUUUUUCCCAAUGCUGUGACUUUCUCCUUCUGGUGUAGUUAGAGGGGGGAAAGGCCCUACAUUAAACUAUUAGGUAAUUUCUGCAAAAGGUUUUCAUUUCUAUCAGAAUAGUCUAUGCAUUUCUGUGUUGAAAGCCGUUUUCUGCUGUUCCUUUUAAGAAAACAGGCACUGUCUGUCCCACUCUCUGUAAAUGCUCCAAGAAUGUCAAGUGUGUGAAUUUGGACGUUAAAUCCAAAGUAAAUUAAGACUAACUUGUUUGGGAGUGGGGGUGCUUUUGUUUUUUAUAAUUGUUUCCCUCAUGUCCCUUUUCAUUUUUAUUAAGAAAUUAACUCUUUGCAUUUGUGCAAUAACUACUUGCCAUGAUAAUGGGCAGACUUUUGAAAUGAAUGCCCUGACUACUAACACAGCACAAGAUGAACUCAGACAGAUAAAGUGGUGUACUUUUUCCUGAGAACUUUUUUGUUUUUAAAUAAUAAGCUCAGUUUUACCCCCGUGUAUUGUGGUGUCUUACAUUUUUAGCAGUAUUUUAUAUUUUUUCUGUAACGCACUAAGUCUUAGACAUUUUAGAGCUUGUUUGUUAUGUUCACAAUCACAGAUUUUAAAAAAAAUCCUCACAAAGAACCAAUUGACCAAAAAAAGUGUCAUUUUUUUUUUUUUGUACAAGUAGCUUUGAGAAGCCCACGUUGUGUUGCUGUGACUCAUCUUUUGUAACAUUUUAUUUCUUGGUAUUUGUUUAAACAUAAAAGUAAAGGUUUAUAUGGCUGGCAGUAGCAGGGAAGUGCUCCCUCCGUCAGCGGAAUGGCAUUGUUUCUUCUGUCUUUGUUUGGUUAGCCAUAUAAUGUUUGUUCUCAGCACUGUACAACGGUCCCUAUAUGAUAUGGAGAAGCAAUAUCACUGUAUGAAACUCACAUGAUGUAUUAUUAUUAUUAUUCACUAGCACCCUAGGUGUGAUAAUUGAAGUAAAUAUCUUUUAUACAAACACAAUAAUGUGUGGGUUGUCUUUUUUAAGGUGAGAGUCCAGACCUGACGGUCAAAGCAGCAAACAUUUACAUUGGUGGUUUUGAUCAUUUUGCUAAUCGGUAGAGGUUUGUUUGGUUUUUGUUGGUAAUUGACUUUUCUAGCUUUGUAUCUUGAUUUCACUGAAGAAUCCGUUUUCAGUAUCUUAAGUACUUUAAGUGGCUAACUUUAGAAUCUAGUCUCUCUCCCAUUAAAUUCAGUGUAAAGAUUCCCAUUUCAGUGGGAGUAGGAUUGGAUACUUAGGCAGCAAAGAAUGGUUACAUUCUGAACUUGAGGCGAGAGAUGAGGACCAAAAUAGCAUGUUAGAUUUUUUUUGUAAAAUCAUCAUUGAUUGUUGAGGUUACCAGUGACUUGUGAUCAGAAGUGCUUACCAUUCAAAAAUGUAGAUGUUGGCAGAACUUUGGCCAAUAUUUGGCUUGUAUUUUGUCUGCAUUUUUUAACGGAUAUUCAUAAAGAAAAUUGUUUGCUCUUGUGGUGCCUUAAAAUGUUAGCAGGCUGUUUUUUCCUGUAAAUAUAUUGAGGGCUUCCUACAAGUUUAGAAUUGAAAUUUUGUUAUUAAAGUACAGUUAUUUAGAUUCAACAAUGACAUUCUUUUUGGAAAAACAGUAGAAAUCUGUAGCUUGAAAUGUCUUUAGAUUCAGUUGUAAUGCAUGUUCGUUUCAUACCCUUUUACCAGUCCUGUUGUGACCUAUUCUUUAAAUUAUGACUGUGGUCACUGAAAUUAUUGCAGGACUGGGACCUAAGCGUAUAAUGUCGUCUCCUAAGUAUCUGGGUAUAGGCCUGUCUCUUUAACAUUUUUCCUGUCCUGCAGUAAGAGAGUAUAUAUCUCUUUUCCCAGGAACUCUGGAUUAUUCGAUGGAGUUCACACUGCAGAACAGGAGGAAUUUUAAAAAGCUAAGACUGUAGAUUUUGCACUGUACUGUGCCACAUUGUUUAGCAAUAAUUGGUGGCAUGAAGUUGUAUAGAUAUUAACCAGCUUUUUCCAUCCCUUCAGGCUGUUCCAGAAAUUCAUCCUAUUGGUUUAUAGUACACUAAAUUACAUUAGCAAAAUAACUAUUUAUGUUCAAAAUGAAAAGCUUGUUCAUUCUGUAUCUUUGCCAUCUCUAGCUUUGCUUAUAUUUAGUAUCUCAGGAGAGAUCAUUUAUCUAAAUACAGUAUUAACAAUGUUCAGUACAUUUUAUUUAACUUUCAUUCUUCUGUAACUGCAUUUCUUUAUCUAUGACAUGUCUGUGACAGUUCGCUCAGUAAGAUGUAAAAAUUAUAGUUUUAAAAUAGAAAUUUUAAUAAUAUGUAAUGACUGAUCAAACUGUUGAUUUCUAGGAGUAUAAUAGGGUUGUCUUGUGUAAUGUUACCUCAGUCAUUUUAAUGUUAAAGUACCUAUGCUUUAAAGCAAUCUCAGUCUGAUAGUUAAUCUUCUGUAUAUAUUUAUAACUGUGCAUGCUUUCAGGCAUACUAGGUUAUGUUACCACCAAAUAUACUGGAAAUGUACAUGUAAUUAUGCAAGAGAAGUGUACCAUUUUCAAAAACAGACAAUUGCAUCUGAACCUACACUGAGGAAUAGGGAUUUCCUUUUCGGUGUAGCAUGGAAGCAUUUGCCUGCUGCAAAAUCAAAUUAUGCUCCUUGGCCCAAGUCCUCCUGAACUCUUUGCAGAUGAAGAAAAACAUCUACAUCAGUGGGGUUCAGCAUGAGUUAGGAGCAAGUCUCAGAGAGCUAAGAGGUCUGCAACCUGCUGUUACAAGAAAGAAAUAUGCAUCCUGUGUGCAUCCCAGAUCUUAAUCUGAAGUGUUAUGGGAAAGCCGAGACACCUGUCUCCAAAAAGAGAGGUGUGUAGUAUAAAUGCCAACAGGCCCUUAGUGAUUGUUACUACAGCAUUCCUAUAUGCCAUUAUUGUUUUCAUUUUAAAUGGCUUCUUCUAGGGUCAGAUGCUUUGAUGAUGCCCUGAGAUUUUACAAUGGAAAUUUAAAUAGAGUCAAGCAGACAAGCCUUUACUGUUAUCAGGAGAAAGUUUGUUUCUAGUAUCUAACAUUUUCUUUCUUAUCUAUUAUUUCUUUUUGUUGUAAUAAAGGUGAUGAACAAAGUGUUCACAUUAUAACAUUA